AUGAAAAAGCCACUAAUUCUCUCUAUCUCUAAAUAUACAAAAGGAUAUACAUCAGAGAAGGGUAAUAUAAUUAGUGCGCAGAAUCUCCAGAAGACUGUUUUCUCCAAAUUCGCUGCACGUCGUAGCGCCGGAAAAACAGAUCGUAAAUUUAUCAGCGAUAACUACUUGAUAGCUCAAUUCAUCAUUAUUUUGAUGAUGGUUAUCUUUCAAUUUAUUUCCAUGGGUCUAAAUAUUUUCAUUGAAGGAGAAAUUUAUAAUCAUUUUUCCAAAAAGAUCCUUGGAGACUACGCUGUUGCUUCAAAUUUAAAUUUUCAAGAACGUCUACAAAAUAUUGUUGAAGAAGGUAUCAACUACGCCUCUGCUUUAUCAACUUUAUUCCAACCUUUUGAUUUCCUUAACUUCAACAAAUCUAAAGCCCCUAAUAUAAUUAACGUAUUUUACGAAGCAUCCAAAACAUACUCCAAUUCUGUCUUAUGGUAUCAACUUGAAGUUCUUCCUGCAGAAGCUUUGAUCGUCUACAGGCCUCCAAUACCAAAUCAGAUCCAUUCAACACUAUACAGUGACAAGGACACAGAUUACUGGCUCUUUGCUUGGAGGGCUGAUGAUAAUGCCUACAAUCCAAAUUAUCCUGAGAAAGAUGGUAUUAAUUUGACAUUACGGAUGCGGCCAAAAGAUAUGCCUGAGGUCAAGGAGUCUACUAAGAACCCUAAUUUGGUUACUUUUGGUACACCAAAUUUUGGAUAUAAAUCUUAUACGAAACAGUCAUUCAUAGAGAUUUCCAAAGCUAUCCUUUGUGAUGGUGAGGUAAUAGCUGUUGUAAAUGUAGCACUAGACCUUGAAACGAUCCAACAUUUGACAAAAGAUUUAUCUUUCUCUGAAAAUUCAAGAGUCGCCGUUUCAUCGCAUUCCGGUAUUUUAAUCGGUCUGACCGGCAGCGAUGAGCUCGUUGACUCAUUCCAAGGUUCUUUGAUCACAAAAACACUUUUCCAGCUCAGAGACCCUGUUUGGAGCGUUAUUGUUAACGACACUCAAUUCCAGUCUGGCGAAAACUACUCAAAAACAUACGUAAUCAAUAAUCAGCCAAGAGAUUAUAUUGUAACAAUUUCUCCAACACCGAUUGAAGGAACAAACACUGAAUUAACGAUUUACAGUUUAGUAUGUUACAGCGAUAUCGCUCCCAUUACAAAAGGAUCUCAGCAACUUGAUAUUAUUUUAUAUAUUGCUGUUUCUUUAGGAUUUGGCACAUUUGUGUUCACAUCCUAUAAUGUACUUGUCGAUCUUGUUUCCAUGCAAAGCAAUUCACCCUUCUCCAGCGAUUACAAUGACUCGACAUCUCAUAUCAAGAAAUUUACACUUGAAACAGCCAUCGAUGACCUUUGCGCCCUGCGCCAACGCGAAGAUGAUCCCAAUAUCGUCAGCGAAAUCAACUCAAUCAUCGACCAACUUGAACAUACCGGAGAGAAAUCUCUAAUUAGAGUUUCGGACUUCGACCAAAUCCUCAACGAUCCGAAGCUGAAUGAGCUCUUCACCAAAGUUUUCCAAAGACCAAACGUAAACGCCAAAAUCGAAAUUAUUGAUUUGCCAUAUCCGCAGUUCCUUUCGAAAUUGGUGAACAAAUCGGAUACAGAUGUGAUCAGCUACACGUUAAGAUACUGUGGAGAGUGUUUUUCUGAAGAAGGAAUGACGAAAUACAUAAAUCACAUUUUAUCCGUUUUGGAUGAGUCGGAAUUACCAUAUGUCGCUCACUCAUUCAAGCUAAUCCUUGCGAUAAAUGACAUGAAGGUGUUCUUUUCCAAGGAAUUGCUCUUCGGAAUGCUGAUAUCGAAUUUAAUUUUCCACAUUUUGAUAAAGAACAGAAAACAGAAGCAGAAUACAAUUGACAGAUUAUUCUUCAAGUCAUUGCCAUACACGCUGACUACUCUUUACUGCGAACUCAAGGAAUUACAUUCGAUAUUACUCGAAAACAACGAAGAGACAUGGUCGACCAUCGCGUUCACGUGUUUCACCUUCACAAAUAUCAUACCGUUGAGUAGACACUUACAGGUCUGCAGCAGAACUGUACUUUUCAGAGGAAUUCUCCAAGAUCAGAAAAUGACAUCGGGAAACAUAUCCUUUGACGUACUCAACGUGAUAUUUUUAUGCUCUAUGUGCCCGUUCUUGUUCAGAAGAAAGAACAUUUCCCAUGAAAUUAUUGAUAAUUUGGUCGGAAACGAUUCUUUGACAAAGAAGUGCUUGAUUAAUGAGUACUACCCUGCAGUCAAGAGCGCGCUAAUUGAUAUUUGCGGAUCUUCUUUCGUUAAGAAGCUCGCUGACUUUAUAUAA